AUGAGAGAGGAAAGGAAAGGAGGAGAAGAGGAGCAGAGCGAAGGGGAGAGGAUGGAAGCUGAUAGGAGAAGAGAGGAGGAGAACAGGUGAGGAUAGAAAAGGAGAGAAUCUGAAAGGAGCUGAGUGAGUUCAAGGGCAUCGCAGGCAGCGAUCAAAUAGAGCCUUUGAUUUUCACCACCUCCUAAAGCUUGAUUUAGAAACAGCAGGGCUCCCCUGACAGCACACACUAGAUCAUUUUUUUAAAGAGGGAAAACAAUCGUUUCAUGUUCGAUGGGCAUAUUUUUUUCACCAUAUGCUCUGGAGGGUAAACUUUGUUCAGUUCGGAGCUCAUUUAUUAGAAUCAAAGGGAGUGGGUUGUGAGAUUGAAACACCUUCCUGUUGUCAGAGCUGUGCUCUAGUGUAGUUCAAGUAAGGAAACGUACCUGAAGGCGAUCUGUGUGUGAGUCAGAAUAUCUGAAAAGAGGCCAUGGCAGGGGAGGAGGAUAAAAGACAAGACACCAUUAUAAUGGUCACUCAUUUAACGAAGGUCAGAGCAGAGCAAUACUAUGAUAACUCUUGAAUUAAAGUAGGCAAUGCUCAAAUGUAUGCAAAUACAGAGAACACUGAUGCAAAGGUCCCUCUCUCUUAGUAAUAUCUUCAUGUCUCAUUGAUUGGCUACGCGCACACACACACACACACACACACACACACACACACACACACACACACACACACACACAGCCAUGACAUGUCGUGUCCCUGUACCAACUGCCAACUUUGCCACUGUGCCAAUGAUACUGCCAUUGCCUCUCUGAUUCUACCACCCUCUGAUACAUUAGAUUGGAGCGGGUAUCUGGAAGUGGCAGUGUUAUCAUUUCUGUCGCAAUAUGCCAGGUUCGAGACACGAGCAUACCAUAUAUCUAACUGACUGACUCUUUCGCAUGCUGGGCUGACUUGGUCUCAGAGCAAUGAGAUUUUCUCUGACAGGGUUCAUCAAUAUACAUUAAGUGAAUAAUCUCACGCAGUACGACUGCCCUCCCUCAUGUCCUCCCCUCUUCCUCUCCUUCCUCCACUCUUCCACACCCAGGGUUGGAGAGUAACUGAUUACAUGUAAUCAGAACAACCCACUCCCUUACAUGUAAUCAGAACAACCCACUCCCUUACAUGUAAUCAGAACAACCCACUCCCUUACAUGUAAUCAUAACAACCCACUCCCUUACAUGUAAUCAGAACAACCCACUCCCUUACAUGUAAUCAGAUCAACCCACUCCCUUACAUGUAAUCAGAACAACCCACUCCCUUACAUGUAAUCAGAACAACCCACUCCCUUACAUGUAAUCAGAACAACCCACUCCCUUACAUGUAAUCAUAACAACCCACUCCCUUACAUGUAAUCAGAACAACCCACUCCCUUACAUGUAAUCAGAUCAACCCACUCCCUUACAUGUAAUCAGAACAACCCACUCCCUUACAUGUAAUCAGUUACAUGUAAUCUGAUUACAAAAAAACUAACUUCAAUCAGUUACGUUACCAGCAGAUUACAGAUACUUUUGAAAAACUAGAUUACUUUUUGGAUUACUUUUAAAUUCAGAAAAUAUGUUUGUGAAAAAAAUACUUUAUGACACCUUUCUGUUUUCUCAAUGACAUUCAAUUCAGCAUUGAAAAAAGCCGCAAGUGUAUUACAUCUGAAAUCAUAUCUAAUAAAAAUUGAAUGAGGAUUUUGAAUUAUCCACAGGUCACUUUUAGGAUGUGAUGUCAUCAAGUGUAGCAGGUGGAAGAUAGAUUUGUGGACAAGCGGGCGCCAUAAAUCAUACAUUUCAUUCUGUUUGACUUGAAUAGAAUGAGUGAUCACAGUGUGAGAGGGAGAGAGAGGAGAGAAGUGAGGUAUAGUUUUGUAGGAGAUGGAGGGAGGGGGGAGUUAACCAUCGUUUGAGAAGAUCUCAGGAGGAGAUAUGGGAUAGUGACACUUCCAUCGAUCUGUCUUGCCAGUGUUGACAGCUCUUUGUCUUAUGCUAUGAGCUUAUCUGGUUUGAACUCAAGGCAGACAGCAGCGUUCGACUGGUUUACGAGUGCCAGGACUGUAGCAGAAUGUCUGUCAAUAUUAGUGCUGUGUUCUUUUCCUCGAGAUAAGACACAGGAAAGAGGAUGCACAGGUUCUUAAUAGUUAUUUUUAGUCUCACCUUUGUUGCCUACCUUGUAAUCUUUUAGAAGAGUUAUAGUACAUUUACCAAGCUGAUUUGAAUAAAAUAAGCUUCUAUCUGGAAAGAUAACCAUUUUAUCAUAAAUCAUACCCACAUUAAUGCUAAUAAUAAGAAUCGUUAAAGGAUUUACACCAGAGGUGGGCAAUAAUUUUGGCUCGAGGGCCACAUCGGGCUUCAAAAUUCUGCGGAGGGUCACGUAAUCUUUUUGGGGGGACCGCUUUUGGUUGUUCUCAAAAGCAAUUUGCUGGCCAGAAAAAGGGCAGUUAUUUGAAAAUAUAUAGGUCCACUAUAAUUUCUACAUACUUUCUAUCUAGUUUUACAUGUUCAAGAGUGGCCUGGAGUGUUUUUUCUUAACCAAAAUAAUAUAUAUUUUAAAUAUAUAUAUUUUUAAAGUCAAACCUACCUCGGUUCCGAUUGAAUGGGUUCACGGGCCAGAUCCGUAGUUUGCCAUCCCCUUUUUAGACGAUGUUCUCUAUUGCCACUCAGACACACUGGGUUGGGAAGGGCUGGCUGGGCACAGGGGACGACUCAGAUCUCACACUGCACCAACAGGACUCAGACUUUAUGAGAGAAUCCUGACUCGGACAGGAGUAUAUUAUAGAAAGAAGAAGAAAUAUGGUCAUAAGUAACCAUACCCAUAGAGAUAUAUUUAAUAUAUUGUUAUAAUGACAUUUAUUCAUUUUUAAGCUCUCCUUUUCCCUAUAGGUUAACACUGGAAUUAAAAUGACAGUGAGUUUCUCACAUACAGUUGAAGUCGGAAGUUUACAUACACUUAGGUUGGAGUCAUUAAAACUCGUUUUUCAACCACUCCACAAAUUUCUUGUUAACAAAAUAUAGUUUUGGCAAGUCGGUUAGGACAUCUACUUUGUGCAUGACAGAAGUAAUUUUUCCAACAAUUGUUUAGAGACAGAUUAUUUCACUUAUAAUUCACUGUAUCACAAUUCCAGUGGGUCAGAAGUUUACAUACACUAAGUUGACUGUGCCUUUAAACAGCUUGGAAAAUUCCAGAAAAUGAUGUCAUGGCUUUAGAAGCUCCAUUGGAGUCAAUUGGAGGUGUACCUGUGGAUGUAUUUCAAGGCCUACCCUCAAACUCAGUGCCUCUUUGCUUGACAUCAUGGGAAAAUCUAAAGAAAUCAGACAAGACCUCAGAAAACAAAUUGUAGACCUCCACAAGUCUGGUUCAUCCUUGGGAGCAAUUUCCAAACGCCUGAAGGUACCACGUUCAUCUGUACAAACAAUAGUACGCAAGUAUAAACACCAUGGGACCACGCAGCCGUCAUACCGCUCAGGAAGGAGACUCGUUCUGUCUCCUAGAGAUGAACGUACUUUGUUGCGAAAAGUACAAAUCAAUCCCAGAACAACAGCAAAGGACCUUGUGAAGAUGCUGGAGGAAACCGGUACAACAGUAUCUAUAUCCACAGUAAAACGAGUCCUAUAUCGACAUAACCUGAAAGGCCGCUCAGCAAGGAAGAAGCCACUGCUCCAAAACCACCAUAAAAAAGCCAGACUACGGUUUGCAACUGCACAUGGGGACAAAGAUCAUACUUUUUGGAGAAAUGUCCUCUGGUCUGAUGAAACAAAAAUAGAACUGUUUGGCCAUAAUGACCAUUGUUAUGUUUGGAAGAAAAGGGGGUAACUUGCAAGCCGAAGAACACCAUCCCAACCGUGAAGCACUGGGGUGGCAGCAUCAUGCUGUGGGGGUGCUUUGCUGCAGGAGGGACUGGUGCACUUCACAAAAUAGAUGGCAUCAUGAGGAAGGAAAAUUAUGUGGACAUAUUGAAGCAACAUCUCAAGACAUCAGUCAGGAAGUUAAAGCUUGGUCGCAAAUGGGUCUUCCAAAUGGACAAUGACCCCAAGCAUACUUCCAAAUUUGUGGCAAAAUAGCUUAAGGACAACAAAGUCAAGGUAUUGGAGUGGCCAUCACAAAGCCCUGACCUCAAUCAUAUAGAAAAUCUGUGGGCAGAACUGAAAAAGCUUGUGUGAGCAAGGAGGCCUACAAACCUGACUCAGUUACACCAGCUCUGUCAGGAGGAAUGGGACAAAAUUCACCCAACUUAUUGUGGGAAGCUUGUGGAAGGCUACGCUAAACGUUUGACCCAAGUUAAACAAUUUAAAGGCAAUGCUACCAAAUAAUAAUUUAGUGUAUGUAAACUUCUGACCCACUGGGAAUGUGAUGAAAGAAAUAAAAGCUAAAAUAUAUAAUUCUCUCUACUAUUAUUCUGACAUUUCACAUUCUUAAAAUAAAGUGGUGAUCCUAACUGAUCUAAGACAGGGAAUUUGUACUAGGAUUAAAUGUCAGGAAUUGUGAAGAACUGAGUUUAAAUGUAUUUGGCUAAGGUGUAUGUAAACUUCCGGCUUCAACUGUAGGUUACAUGCUGAGGGAAAUGCAUUCUUUCUUGUUAAUGGCAUCUCUCUGGUUACACUGUCUGGCUACAUUGCAUCUGUUGUAUAUAUGCAUAAUGUGAUAUUAAUGUUUCAUGUUUCCCUCCCUAUCCUCUCUGCAGGUUAAUACACGGGGGUCAGCUGCUGAAUGGUUUGGCUGGUCCAACCAUAAUGAGUGCCGGCCCCCUCCUCUCCACCACAUGGUUCGCUCCGGACCAACGAGCCACAGCCACCGCUGUCGCCUCAUUGAUGAGCUACCUGGGGGCGGCGUGCUCCUUCAUUGUCGGCCCGCUGCUUGUGCCCGCCCCCAACGACACCACCCAUGCUAUGGUGAACCGAGCGGUCGACUCAACAGACACCCAGAUAAACCACAUACGAGACAGAAUCCAACUGGUUUUGUAUGCAGGUACUGAUGUUAUAAUGUCUUAUGUAGCUGUCAAGUAUGCAUUCAUAAAGCUUUUAUAAGGGGGCAUACUGUAAAGUGUUAUCCAGAUACAUAAGAGACAGGAUCCAAAUGGUUAUGUAUGCAAGCAGGUACUGAGAAAAAUAAAUGCUGUCGCUACCUCACUUUGAAAUACUGGAGCAUACUGAAGAUGAGAAGAUAUUCAGCAACUCUAUAGCACAAUUGUCCUACCAAGAGUUGCUGAAUAUCUUCUCAUGUUAUGUAUGCAGGUAGGUACUGACAGCACCACAGGAAUCAAUAGCAGAUCAUCUCUGGAUCAUGUCUGCCCUUAGUCUAGGGAGAGAAAUACAAUCAGCUGAAGGUGAUCUGACUGUCUCUGUCUCAUCACUAAAAUAUCAGACUCAAACGUCUCAACAAUGUUCUGCUUAACGGAUUCAGAAAAUCAGAAGAAAAAAAAAACAUUAUCCACAACAAUAGUAGAUUUGUGUUAACUAUUAGUAUUACAUUUCAAAGGACAAAACAGACACAUUUUCUGAACUGAGAGCUUUAGAGGUCAUUAAGCAUUUAGAUGGAAUUAAAUUCAUUGAUGUUUUCCUCCUGCUCUUCUGAGGAAAAUAAAUUAUACACUUCCACAGUCACACCUUCACUACAGAACAGCAGCAAUCAACAGUUGUUUUGGUUUGAAAAAUCUAUGUGAGCUGGCAUGCACCCUGUGCUGCGCCAGCCAGAGAGUAAAAAUGCAGCUACUGUCCAAUCAAACUUCACAUUAUGAUAGGAAAAAGCACGAUUUAUGAUUCUGGUGGUACUUUUUGGGAAAAGGACAGACCAAAAAUGCUGUGGCUUUUCAAAGAGAAAUGGGUCCUGUUCUGUUGCCUAUGCCAAGCCAUGCCAGGCCAGGCCAAGCCCAGUGAAAGGGGUUGGGGGAUUUAGUAGCUUGUUUGGAAGGAAGGGCUGUUAGGGCACGCUGACAGAGAGAGUAUCAGAGAUCUCUGUGCCAGCUGAUUGAUGUAGUCCUAGGCCCAGCUCUCUGAUAAGCCGCUGGGCUCUUAAUUGACUAAUCUGGGCAUCUGCAACAGAGCAGGCGUGGAACUCUACAGUGCCUUCAGGAAGAAUUCAUACUCCUUGUCUUAUUCCACAUUUUGUUGUUACAGCCUGAAUUCAAAAUGGAUUCAAUAUAUUUUUCCCCCGAAUAUCUACACACAAUACCCCAUAAUGACAAAGUGAAAACAUGUUUUUAGAAAUGUUUGCAAAUUUAUUGAAAAUAAGAUACUGAAAUAUUACUUUUACAUAAGUAUUCACACCCCUGAGUCAAUACUUUGUAGAAGCACCUUUUAGCAGCGAUUACAGCUGUGUGUCUUUCUGGGUAAGUCUGUAAGAGCUUUCCACACCUGGAUUGUGCAACAUUUGCCCAUUAUUAUUUUCAAAAUUCUUCAAGCUCUGUCAAAUUGGUUGUUGAUCAUUGCUAGACAACCAUUUUCAAGUAUUGCCAUAGAUUUUCAAGUACAUUUAAGUCAAAACUGUAACUCGGCCACUCAGGAACAUUCACUAUCUUCUUGGUAAGCAACUCAAGUGUAGAUUUGGCCUUGUGUUAUUAUCCUGCUGAAAGGUCAGUUUGUUUCCCAGUGGUGGAAAGCAGACUGAACAAGGUUUUCCUCUAGGAAUUUGCCUGUGCUUAGCUCCAUUCCGUUUCUUUUUUAUACUGAAAACUCCCCAGUCCUUAAUGAUUACAAGCAUACACAUAACAUGAUGCAGCCACCACUAUGCUUGAAAAUAUGGAGAGUGGUACUCCGUAAUGUGUUGUGUUGGAUUUGCCCCAAGCAUAACACACAGUUUUACUUUAGUGCCUUAUUGCCAACAGGAUGCAUAUUUUGGUAUGUUUUUAUUCUGUACAGGCUUCCUUAUUUUCACUCUGUCAUUUAGGUUAGUAUUGUGGAGUAACUACAAUGUUGUUGAUCCAUCCUCAGUUUUCUCCUAUCACAGCCAUUAAACUAUGUAACACCCUCUCAAAGUAGGGUGGAAUCAGAAACAUGUGACUCUGGGUGGAAUGGUUUUGUUAGUGAUACAUUGACUGAGUUCAGGUAGGUUGUAAACUAAUAAUAAUCCUUCUAUUUGACUGUGUUAAUAAGCUACUGAUCUGUCUUUUCUGUCUUUUCCUGUGUCUCUGUGUCCCUCCUGACAUAUAGAGUUUGGUGUGGUGGCGGUGCUGUUUGCUGCGGUGGUGCUCUACUUCCCCUCCCGACCCCCCAUGCCUCCCAGUGUGGCUGCUGCCAGCCAGAGACUCAGCUACAGGAACAGCAUCUGCAAACUACUCAGGUAUGUACUGUCUGGUCCUUUGCCAUCAUCACACACUUUAAGUGGUCAUUUUUGAUUAGACCUUAAAAUGAUUAGGCCUUUAUCACAACAGUCACGAAAGGGCCUGGGGUGUCCUCUCUGUUGCCUCUCAACAUGCCUUUUUUUUUUACUUUGAGAUGAGGAGGGAAUGAAUGGGUCUGUUUGAGUAGUGGGGAUAGAGAAACUUAAUGAAAGGGUCUUGUUGCUCUGCCACUCACCGUCUGUUGGGGCUGCUAGUUAAUGUGCAUCAAAGACAUAUCCUCUCUCCCCCUAGAUUAAUUACACAGCCAUAAGAUGGCACUGGCAUUUCCCUGGCCCUGCUUAAUAAAUAGAUAAUCAUCCUCUUCUCCUCAUCCACACAUAGCCAGGGUUCUCUGGAGUCCAUGGUCAUGUAACAUGCUCAUACAGCCUGGGUUCUCUGGAGUCCAUGGUCAUGUAACAUGCUCAUACAGCCUGCAUUCAGAAUGCACUGUCCUCCAAGCAAUGCAUUGCAUCGACACGCACGGACGCAGGCACACAAAAACUGACCGUUGGGGGCAAUGGUGCUGUUUGUGGAUGGGAGCUAGAGUGUUCAUUGCGGUUCAUCCACGGAUUCCGUGCCCGCGGUGCAUAUCCUGUCUGGUUGUGGUGGAAUGGGCCAAGGGCUGAGGGCUGUGGGCCGGGGAUCAAGCGCUGGGCUGUGGACAGACAGCCAGUGAACAGGCGGGUUGAACUCCCUACAGUCAGCCCCUCGAGCCAGACCGAGCUCUCUCUCUCUCUUUCUUUCUCUCUCUCUUUCUCUCUCUCUCUCUCAUUCUUUCUCUCAUUCUUUCUCUCUCUCUCUCUCACUUGCUCCCUCUCUCUCUUUCUCUCUCCCUAGUUCUCACUGACUCUCUCUGAUAAACAAUAACAAACUCCCUGCAAAGCACACAGCUUCAAGAGAGGGAUAAUACCAGUCAAGCUGACAUAAACCCAAUGUCCAUACUGUCUGACGCACGCAUGCAUACACGCACACAUCUGGAGUCCCACUGAUAGGCAGCCUUCCAGUGGCCAGUCUGAACUAUAUCACACUCAAGCAGCAUCAGUAGCUGUCUGGCUGAGGAUUCUGCAGAAGGAUUGUAGGUGGGCCUUAUGUGUGUAAGUUCCACUCUUCAAAGAAAGAUAGACUUGGGUUAGCAGCAAAAUUCUGUUUUCUAAAGUUAGGUCUGUUGUUGUGCCAGUGUUUCCCAGAGUUAGAUAGGUCUUGAGCCAUAUCCUAAGCCACCACUUUUGCCCUUUCUUCCACUGCUAUUGUUGAGAGAGUUUGAACCAUAGUAAAUGAUCUGGAGCUUGAUAAGUUACCCUAUCUGUUCAGGUCUGAUGCAGAGCCUCAUCACAACACAGAGUAGUGUUGUGUUCCAAAUGGCACCUUAUUCCCUUUAUAGUGCACUACUUUUGACCAGGGUCUAAAUUUAUUUUAUUUAUUUUUUAUUUCACCUUUAUUUAACCAGGUAAGCCAGUUGAGAACAAGUUCUCAUUUACAACUGCGACCUGGCCAAGAUAAAGCAAAGCAGUGCGAUUAAAAACAACAACAGAGUUACAUAUGGGGUAAAAAAAACAUAAAGUCAAAAAAUACAACAGAAAAUAUAUAUACAGUGUGUGCAAAUGUAGCAAGUUAUGGAGGUAAGGCAAUAAAUAGGCUAUAGUGCAAAAUAAUUACAAUUAGUAUUAACACUGGAAUGCUAGAUGUGCAAGAGAUUAUGUGCAAAUAGAGAUACUGGGGUGCAAAAGAGCAAAAUAAAUAACAAUAUAGGGAUGAGGUAGUUGGGUGGGCUAAUUUCAGAUGGGCUGUGUACAGGUGCAGUGAUCGGUAAGGUGCUCUGACAACUGAUGCUACAUUUUACAUUUACAUUUUAGUCAUUUAGCAGACGCUCUUAUCCAGAGCGACUUACAGUUAGUGAGUGCAUACAUUUUUUUUUUUUUUUUCACACUGGCCCCCCGUGGGAAUUGAACCCACAACCCUGGCGUUACAAAUGCCAUGCUCUACCAACUGAGCUACAUCCCUGCCGGCCAUUCUCCCCCACACCCUGGACGACACUGGGCCAAUUGUGCGCCGCCCCAUGCUAGACCUCUGGUCAAAAGUAAUACACUACAUAGGGAACACAGUGCCGUUUGGACAGGUUGACGUUUAUUGUCAUGAGUCUUGGGAUUUACGCACCUGCCAAGCUUCUGGGAGAGCGCAAUGGUUCUCUUUUGAUUUGUCAUGAAUCUUGCCCUGGAGGCAGAACUGAGCGAUUUCUGCUAGAUAAGCCAGCUGCAAAAUCUAAAUUGGUUAUAUUGUAAAAAUUCAUGAAAACAAAAAUGAGCUUUUUGGUCUUCAUUUAAGGGGAGAGUUAGGCAUUAGGGAUAGCAGUGUGGUUAGGUUUAGGGUUAGGCAUUAGGGAUAGCAGUGUGGUUAAGGUUAGGGUUAGGCAUUAGGGUUAGCAGUGUGGUUAGGGUUAGGCAUUAGGGUUAGCAGUGUGGUUAGGGUUAGGCAUUAGGGUUAGGGUUAGGCGUUAGGGUUAGGCAUUAGGGUUAGCAGUGUGGUUAGGGUUAGUCAUUAGGGUUAGCAGUGUGGUUAGGGUUAGGCAUUAGGGUUAGCAGUGUGGUUAGGGUUAGGCAUUAGGGUUAGCAGUGUGGUUAGGGUUAGGGUUAGGCAUUAGGGUUAGCAGUGUGGUUAGGGUUAGGGUUAGGCAUUAGGGUUAGUGUGGUUAGGGUUAGGCAUUAGGGUUAGCAGUGUGGUUAGGGUUAGGCAUUAGGGUUAGCAGUGUGGUUAGGGUUAGGCAUUAGGGUUAGCAGUGGGGUUAGGGUUAGGCAUUAGGGUUAGCAGUAGGGUUAGGGUUAGGCAUUAGGGUUAGCAGUGUGGUUAGGGUUAGCAGUGUGGUUAGGGUUAGGCAUUAGGGUUAGCAGUGUGGUUAGGGUUAGGCAUUAGGGUUAGCAGUGUGGUUAGGGUUAGCAGUGGGGUUAGGGUUAGGCAUUAGGGUUAGCAGUGUGGUUAGGGUUAGGGUUAGGCAUUAGGGUUAGCAGUGUGGUUAGGGUUAGGCAUUAGGGUUAGCAGUGUGGUUAAGGUUAGGGUUAGCAGUGGGGUUAGGGUUAGGCAUUAUGGUUAGCAGUGUGGUUAGGGUUAGGGUUAGCAGUGUGGUUAGGGUUAGGGUUAGCAGUGGGGUUAAGGUUAGGCAUUAGGGUUAGCAGUGUGGUUAGGGUUAGGGUUAGGCAUUAGGGUUAGCAGUGUGGUUAAGGUUAGGGUUAGGGUUAGGUUUAAAAUCAGAUGUUAUGACUUUGUGGCAACUAGUGACCACUCUGCAGAGCUGCCUCUAAUACAUGAGUCAUGACAAUAAAUGCCAACCUUCGUCAUUUGGUACGCAGCGCAGCUCUCCACACAUGUAGAAAGGUUAUCAGUACAACCUGACCACUGCUCUGGGAAUAGUAAUGAUGUUAGCUAGCAGCAUUAGUAUCGAUGAAGGUCCCACUAUCAUUAUUUUUUAAAUGAGUUAUUUACACAAGAAAAUACAAAACAAUAUGAUGAAGGUUUAAAAGGUAAACUUAAAGAAUAUGUGCAGGAGAGGUAAGAAACCCAGAGGGGCUUGUAGGCGCCUCCCCCUUUCAAUGUUUAUAAAACAAAACCAUACAAAAAUAAGUAGCAAAACAGAUGGUGAAUAAGCGGAUAAAGAAGAAAAUAUCUAAUUAAAGUACAGUGCACAAUCAAAAUAAAAGGCUAAUAGGCAGAGAAGUUAUUGGGAUGAGGCGUCAGUGGAAUGUCCAGUAGAUCAUUUUUUGUUUUGAAUUUGAAGGAGUUGAAGGUGUUGCAGUGCUUGAGGUGUUCUGGGAAACUGUUCCAAAAAACUGACCUCUGUAGGAGAUGGAAAAUUGGCCUAGUCUUGUACGGGGAAAAGGUUGUGGAGAUCGGUGUAGUUCUUGUGGAGUAGUGGUGGACCUGAGUAUUAAAUGUGAAUAGCGAUUUGAAAAGAAACAGGGAGUAGAUUCGUUUUUAAUUGAAAUACAAACAGACAGACUUGAAGUUGGUUGAUUUUGAAGGUGAUGGAAAGGAACUGGCACGACUGUCUGAAUGACUUAUAAGAGUAAUUUUGCCUAGGAAGGUUCUGUCCUGCUCAUUCUGAUGCAUUGAACUCCAGCCAAGACCUGCCAAGGACAAAUGGCACUUAGCUGAUGAUGCCGCUGGCUUUGUGGCUCCCCGAAAUAUUUCAUCCUCCGCCGGGUGGCCCUGUGCUGUGCUUACUUAGGGCAAGUCCCAAAUAGCACCAUAUUCCCUAUAUAGUGCACUACUUUUGACCAGGCCCUAUGGGCUAUAGUGUACUACAUAGGGAAUAGGGUGCCAUUUUGGACAAAUCCUUACUAUACGGUGAUCUAAAUAAGCUGUGGGCCGGAAAAAGGUGUAAGCAUAUUGAUUUCCCGCCGGCCGCCAUCACAGCAAGGUUAAUGAAACAGUAGUAGCUGGUAGCUGGAGAGAGAGAGAAAGAGGGUGAGUCACUUUUAUGAGUCUAUAACUCUCUCUCUCGCUCUCUCUCUCGCUCUCUCUCUCGCUCUCGCUCCCUGGAGUCUAGACUCCUCCAAGGCCAAGUACCACAGGUACUGGGGUACACACUCUUACAGUGGAUAGGAGUAGGAGUGCCGAUCUAUUAUCAGUUUUGCCUCAUUGAUUAUAAUGAAUGGACAGGGGCGACCUGAUCCUCAGAACUCCUACAGUUAAUACAUACAUCCCCUAGUCUGCUUUCCUGUCUGUCUGUCUGUCUGUCUGUCUGUCUGUCUCCUUAGAGGUUGUUUAUCCCAGUUUAAUCUCAGCACAGACUAAGAGGUAAUCAGCUGAGAGAAGGAAGAGUGGUGCCAGCCCAUCAUGCUUUAUUAGAAUUUAUACGAGUGUCUCGCCAAUCAUCAGGCCAGUGCAGCCAGGAGUGUGUGUGUGUCUGUGUGUGUAUCACCGAGAGAAGUCUCCCCCUAACAGAGGAGCCCCUCCGCCCCCCCCCCCCAGCCCUCCGUCUCAACUAGUCGCUGACACUGUCUGUCUGGCACCCAUCCAAUCACCCUCUGCCCAAUUACAAUCAUCCAUAACACCUUGUUCUCAUCACUGCCGCCUCCGCCCCAAACCCUGUCCCUGCCAUGUCGCUUAUUUAAUUUGAGGACCAUCACUUCACCCCUCUCUAACAGCAGCAUUAAAUCUCCAGGCGUCUGGUCUGACAGUGACAGCAGCCGUCAUAGAAGGGGAAAGCUCUUCUCUCCUCUCCUCUUCUCUUCUCUUUCUCUUUCUCUCUCUCUCUCUCUCUCUCUCUCUCUCUCCUCUCUCUAUCCUCUCUCUCUAUCCUCUCUAUCCUCUCUCUCUCUCUCUCUCUCUCUCUCUAUCCUCUCUCUCUCUCUCUAUCCUCUCUCUCUCUCUCUCUAUCCUCUCUCUCUCUCUAUCCUCUCUCUCUCUCUCUCUAUCCUCUCUCUCUCUCUCUAUCCUCUCUCUCUCUCUCUCUAUCUCUCUAUCUCUCAGGACUGUUUUUGUUUUCCUAGCUUCCCUUCAGGAUGGACGGCUGGCGUUUACUCAUGCAUUUGUUUGUUCAUGACAUCCAUUGAUAUGCCGGCGGCGUCCUGAAUGUAUCUCGGAGGGACAUCUGGCGAAUGCUUAACACGUUCAUCAUCCUCAGGGAGGGAGGGGGGAUCAAAAGCAACUCUGAGGAAAAUCUAGUUCACAGCUACAUAGACAGACUCAGACUUGAAAGUCUAUUGUUUUGUUUCAAACUAAGUUGAGGAGGAAACUUGUCCCAAAUUGCUGCAUAGCAUUAUAUAACGUCAAUGUAUUCCUCUGGCACUUUAGACAGCAAUGUUGCAGUUUUAUUCUCCUUGAAGAGAACCUCCACAGAGAUACAGAUUCAUGGAGCACCCACCCAGGGCCUGUCAUAUGAUACUUAGUAUUCUCCCAAAGCUGCACCUGAAGUGCACACUUGCACACUCCUCAGGUGGGACAUUUUCCUGGCUACUAACCAUGGCCUGUUUUGAUGGACAAACAACCAGCAUCGUGGUCAUGAUUGUGAUUAGCAUCUUGUAAAAUUCAUGCUUGAGAAUAACCCACCUCUUAGUGAUUUGUCAGUGUUUACAAAGACUGACAGACCUGGCCAAAGUCACAUUGAUAUGACAACUCUUCACAACAAUUUAUAUUAGAUUUACCCCUAAUCUCUCAGUCUCUCAUUUUAGACUGUUAGUUGGGCAGAGACCACACAAUAUUAGGUUCUGUUUCCAUAUUGUGGGUAUCUCACUUAGUUCCCUUGUUUGAACGAUGCCUUGGUUCUAACUGAUACACUCUCAUAAUGUCUCAAUGGCAGAGCAUAAACCUAGAACGUUCUCACAACCAUCAACACACUGUUUAUAGCAGGUGGUAAAUGUGUUGUUUGUAGACUCACAGAGAGGAAUCAGGGCUGGGGAAUUGAUUUAAAUGGAAUUGGCUUAAUCUACUUGAAAGCGAUAAUGCCACUAUCUGGUCUGGGAAAGUAUGGCUGUGGGGGACGUUAGAUGUGGCAUUAGAUGGAGCUAAAUAGUUUCUGACUUUGGAAUGACCUUCCUUCCAGGGAUCUUUGAUUCACAGAACAAUCAGAGGAAAUCAUUGUCUUGGAUCAUCAUCUCAGAUGUGGGAAAUACAUUACUUUGUUUGUUGACAUGCUACUAUUGCCAAACCCAUUAAUAUAAAUAAAUAAAUAAAUGAUUAAGUAGAUCAGUUUAUCCUAUUGUUCUGAGUCUCGGCUCAUUCAUCAGUUUAGUGUGUCUGUGUGUGGUUGGUGUCCCCUCAUCAAAGGAUCCUGGUUCUUCAUCUCAAUCCCAUUUCAUAGCUGUUGUUCUCCCCUGUAUUCAAUCCUCAUCAUGGUGUCACCUCCGGCCUAGCACUGCCAGCCUGCCAGGCAGCUCUUCUCUUCCUGGUUCCUGACCAGGUGUUUAUCUCUCUGUCACCACACUGUGAGGUGGGAUCGAUCCUCCCUGACAGUAAGAGAUGUGGUGUGAGCUGACAGGAUAGGAAAGCAAGAAGCUGUCUGGUGGCAGGUCUCCAGACACUGUCAACCAGAGAGAAGGACGUUUGCUAGGUAGGGAUACUGUAGGACUUUGCUAGGUUGGGAUACUGUAGGACUUUGCUAGGUGGGGAUACUGUAGGACUUUGCUAGGUGGGGUACUGUAGGACUUUGCUAGGUGGGGAUACUGUAGGACUUUGCUAGGUGGGGAUACUGUAGGACUUUGCUAGGUAGGGAUACUGUAGGACUUUGCUAGGUGGGGAUACUGUAGGACUUUGCUAGGUGGGGAUACUGUAGGACUUUGCUAGGUGGGGAUACUGUAGGACUUUGCUAGGUGGGGAUACUGUAGGACUUUGCUAGGUAGGGAUACUGUAGGACUUUGCUAGGUGGGGAUACUGUAGGAAUUUGCUAGGUGGGGAUACUGUAGGACUUUGCUAGGUGGGGAUACUGUAGGACUUUGCUAGGUGGGGAUACUGUAGGACUUUGCUAGGUCGGGAUACUGUAGGACUUUGCUAGGUGGGGAUACUGUAGGACUUUGCUAGGUAGGGAUACUGUAGGACUUUGCUAGGUAGGGAUACUGUAGGACUUGCUGCUAAAAAGCCUUUGAUUCUCUCUCUUUCCCUCCAGUAACUUCCGGUUCCUGAUGAUAGCAUUGGCCUAUGCGGUGCCUACAGGGGUGGUGGCAGGCUGGUCAGGAGUUCUGGACAUGAUCCUCACCCCUGCUAGAGUCAGCCAGGUAAGGAACACACACCUGACCCAAAACCCACAACAUGUCUGCUGAGUUUAGAACAAACCAAAGAUACAGAUUGUCUGCAAAGUUGAGGAGUCUUUUCCCAUUUAUCCUAGCAUUACUCACUUUAUUCACUCUGAAUGGUAGUACAGUAAUAGCAGUUCUGGAAUACAAUUUAGACAUGUUCAAACUGAUCAUUUCAAAGGGCACUUAUUACAACAGUGUAUUUACAACAUCUGCUGCCAAUUUCCCCCAAAUGAUCUGCGCUGGUACAACACACAAUGAAAAACUCUGUGUUGGUGCUCACCUACUGAAGCACUGAAACGGGCCGGCUAGCCUUCCUGAAAACCAUCAUUCUAAGAGGGCCUGUGAUGUGGCUCAUUUUGUCGGAGGCUAGCACACAGAGUGUAAUUUCCCUUGCUGAAAUGAAAGUGUACAUGCCACCAUAUUCCCUACAUAGUGCACUAUGGGCCCUGGUCAAAAGUAGUGCACUAUCUAGGGAGUAGGGUGCCAUUUGGGAAUUAGACAAUGUAAUUUCCCAGACAGAAAUGGAUGUUGACUCAUAAUUAACCCAAGUGGCCAAUGCCAUACAGUAUUGACAUAACUUCAAGCCCAGCAUGGCAACUCAUAUCUUCUUCACAAAUUAUUUUUUACUUUCCCAUCCUGGACUCAUUAAAAAGCAGCAGGCCCUUGUGAAUACCACUUUGAACUUCAAAACCCACCCUCAAAAAAGGCCUAAUUACACGAUUUUGAAACUCCUCCAUUCCACACAGUCUUGUUUGGUUGGUUGGUCCAUCCUCUUCUCUCUCCUAUCGGUCCAUCUACUUCUCUAAGUGUAGCUAACUUUUUAAGGGUCUAAUCAAACGUGUGGAAUCCACAGCACAUUAUUUGCAUACGGGAAAAUGUGGAGCAUGUCAAGAAAGCGAGGCACUUAAAACUUGAGAUUCUUAGCUUAAUUAGACCGGCAUCGUCUCAGACCCUUCAACGGUCCUGGAUUAGCAUCAGAGAUCCAGGAUGAGAGAGAACGAGAGGAGAGAUGUUGGGACACAGAGCAGAGCACCCUCUACUUUUAGCACGAUAGUAGUGGCUCAAAGGAGACAAAAGAGGCUUCUUUUCAAGGUUAUCAUCAGACAGGUAUUUGAGAAGAAAUCACUGAGCUGUGGGUUCACACACACGCAGUCACUAUCUUUCCUUUCUGUCAGAACCCACAGGGAGUAUCAUCAAUUCUUUAUAGUCUUUAUGUCUUACGGUUUAUUUUGUCGUCAAAAGGAAAUGUUAAGGAACUUUUCUCCUCCAAGUUGCCUUUAUCUGGCUGUCUAAAGAUGGUGUCACAAAUAUGUUGCCUUAGCUAAACUCUGUACAGAGUUUUCCCCAGGCUCAAAACUUAGAAACAGAGUUGUUACAAUACAUCACUAUGGCAGCAUUCACUCCUCACAAUGUAAGGAGUGUAAGUUUGACUUUCAGUAUGUGUUAUGUUUGCUCUUGAUUUCAGAGUUUCACAUUGCAAAACCACACACUACUACUGUAAAACACAUUAGCCUACCUAACUUUCGAUCCCAUACAGCCUGAAAGGUGCCUUGGCACCAACAAACCAUGACCAUAUUCUGAUAAGACGCUAUCAGCAGCAACAUCCAUUGAGGAAUACAAUGAGGGUAGAUAUGAGGUGUGAAAUGAUAGCUUUAUAGGUGACUGUCUGACACACAUACUAAACCUAUUUAGGGCAGGGAUCCAGAGGAAAACAGUGCUGACAAAGUGGGUGAUGUGAUACACACACACACACUCUCUCUCCCUCCUAUGAAUGCUGUAAUCGCCAGUCUCCUCUACACACUGUGUGGUCCCACUGUCAUCACAGACAGAGCUCUCUCUCUCUCUCUCUCUCUGCAGCGAGGCGAUCAAUACAGAGGCGCUGCUUUAGCCCGGGCCCUCGUCCCCCUUUGCUGCCUUCCAAUCACCUCCCAGCUGCGCUCCACUUCUCCACUCAAAUGCCACUUGCCAAUCUUACUGUUGCCGUGUCACUCCAGCCAUUGCAGGGGCUGUGCUGUUCUCUACGUUCCCAUUAACAGGCUCUGUUCUGUAGAUGUCAAACACUGGUUUCAGUCUGCCACCAUGUAGCACAUCCACCCACAGGGGAGGGGUGGUGUGUGUGUGUGUGUGUGUGUGUGUGUGUGUGUGUGUGUGUGUGUGUGUGUGUGUGUGUGUGCAGACAAAGCAGUCAGCAUUUUUUGUUUUUCUAAAUACAUUUCUGUGAAGGUGACCACAUUGUUUUUCACCUCUGCGUCAUCCUGUCUUUCCCAGAACACACAAACCCCCACCUCCACCGUCCCCACCUUCCUGCCAGCCUUCUGAGAUUGUUUCUGUUCAUUUUGUUUUGUAGCUCUUCUACCUAAGGUGGUUCACCCACCAGUGGCAAUAACAGUGUCAACCUCCACGCUCCCUAGCUGAUGAGUAGUGGCCAUUUGCAGUGUCUCUAAGGUGACCCUUUCUUCCUGCUGACAGAAUGCAUACUGUGACGUCCCAUAGCGUCCCUCUCCACACGGUGUGUGCAUCCCAAAUGGCACCCUAUUCCCUACAUAGUGCACUACUUAUAACCAGGGACCAUAGGCCUCUGGUAAAAAAAAAGUAGUGCACUAUGUACGGAAUAGGGUGCUAUUUGGGACACAACCGGUGUCUCCUCUCCACACGGAGGUCAGGGAAUUGAUCCUUUAAAUAAUACAAUUUUGCAGAGACAAGUAUGGGGCAGCAGCUGGUGAUCUGUCAUGAGAGAGUAGUAUGCUAGGGCUGGGAACAGGUGGAGGGGAUGGGAAUGGGGCUUUGAAUGGGGAUGGGAUGGUUGAAGGGGCUGGAGCUUGGGUCGUGAAUGUGGAUGGGUGGAGGAGAUGAGGCUGAGGCUGAGAUAAGCUUGGAGAUGGGUGGACUAUUGUCUGAACUCUGCAGGAGCCCUCCCUCCGUCCAGACACCCAGCCCAGUGCUAGACAAGACUGUGUCCUGAGGCACAUAGCUCUGUGUCGCUGUACGUAAUUAGCAUCGUUUUAAGAACAAGGUCCCACACUGCGUUAAUCACUCAUAUGUAAUUGCUCCGUUAAUGGAGAGUGGCCAUUAAGUCGCUAUGCAGAAAAAACCCAAGGAAAGAUGUUACUUCACCUGAAAGCACAGCAGCGGCUUCAGCUUUCUGAUUACAGAGAGGCUUUCUGCACUGAGAAAGUCACUGUUGUGAACUCCUGGUACUUUUCCUGAUCUAGAGUUAUAUCUAGCUGUGGUGGUUAAUUCUGCUGCCUCCAGACAGACGGUGUACUGUAACCUUUGUGCAUCACAGAGUAGGAGUGCUAAGCUAGGCUUGAUUUUCACUUUUAAAUAAUAAUGUAUAAGAGAGGAAACCUGAUCCUAGAUUAGCACUCCUACUCUUAAAUGCUUUGUGGUGGUGGUUGGUUAUGCCUCCAGACAGACAGACAGGCAGGCAGACAGUGUACCAACUAACUUCCAUGGUGUCUUUUGAUGCUAUCUGUGGUUACCGCUGAAUGAAUUAGCAUGGCAAUGCCAUCAUGUCAUGCUACACCCACGGGUAAGUGCUAUGACUACUGGCUUAAAAGGCUCAGAAACAAGAGAAAUUAAAGAAAAGCAAAUAAAUGAAUGUGCCAGCAGCCUGAAGCCCUGGCUUCCACACCAUACGUAACGUCAGCACGGAAACCAUUUCCUGGUUAUUGACACAGUAGUAACAACGUGCAUGAUUAUUAAGCUGAGCAUGGACAAAUCAGGCCUGUACGGCUGCAGCUAGCACUGAGCAUAUUGCAGUUAAUUAACCACACACACACACAAUAAAUGCUAUGAUCUUUUCCCUGACACUCAAAUAGCAUGCAGAACGAUUUGCAUUCAGCUUCACAAGUUGAUAUGAACAUCAACAUGAAAUUAAGAACCUGUGUACCUUUUCAAGAAAGUUUCAGAAAUGGCCUCUAGACCACAGAUCUCUUCUGUGCAUGAUGCUUUAUUUACAUUCUGGUCUUGUCUUGUUUAUACUCACAUCUGGCCUCUCUCAACGUGGCUCUUCUUUUUUUCUACCGGAGUUAUAGCGUAAGGUAGAUUGAUGUGAACCGCACUCAGUCGUCUUCACCUGGGUGUCAGAUGCUGAUUUAGAGCCUACUUUAUUUACCUGCUGCCUGCUUCCCCAGAGAGGUGUGUGUGUGUGUGUGUGUGGAUGACACUCCGUCUGUGAUGCAGUCAGGCUCUCAUGUUGAUGCUGCAGCAGUAGACCCUGGUUUUAUUUAUUUAUUUAUUUAUUUAUUUUUGUGAUUUAGCAGACGCUCUUAUCCAGAGCGACUUACAGUUAGUGAGUGCAUACAAACCCACAACCCUGGCGUUGCAAGCGCCAUGCUCUACCAACUGAGCUACAUCCCUGCCGGCCAUUCCCUCCCCUACCCUGGACGACGCUGGGCCAAUUGUGCGCCGCCCCAUGGGUCUCCCAGUCGCGGCCAGCUACGACAGAGCCUGGAUUCGAACCAGGACCUCUAGUGGCACAGCUAGCACUGCGAUGCAGUGCCUUAGACCACUGCGCCACUCGGGACUGCGCCACACUGGUUCUAGUUCACUAGGGAACACUGUAGCAAAACCUUUUGCAACACAAAUCUAACAUCUCUCUUCCUAUUGGGCAAGUGGUGGUAGUCUCCCUGUCUUACUCUGUUUUCUCCCUGCUGAACACGACCGUGGUCAUAAUGUCUGUCUUCUCUUCUCCGUCUCCAUCUGUCAGAGCAGGCGUUUGUCUGUGAUUAAUCAUCACAUUGACACCACCAGCCGUUUCCAUUGACUCCCACCACUGUCAGAAUACAGGGUUGCAAUUUACCCUGGGCUUGAUUGACAGGUUUCCCCAGUCUUCAGACACUGCCUACUCUCUGUCUAGCCUCGGCCCCCUGAGCCGUGUAUGGCAUGCUGAACAUGGAAUAAUGCUCCUCUCUUUCUGUCUCUCGCUCUCACUUCCACGCUCUCUUCCUUGCUCUCUCGUUCUCUGUCAAUACCCUCAUUCUCUCUCGAUCGCCUUUUAUUUAUCUCUCUCUCUCUGUCUGUCUCUCCCUCUCAAGGUGGAUGCUGGCUGGAUCGGGUUCUGGUCCAUCAUGGGCGGCUGUGUGUUUGGAGUGGCCAUGGCCAGGUAAGCAACAGCAACAGCAAGUCAUUUCCAUGUGGUUUAGCAUUGUAGCGUGACUUGACCUGAAUGUGCCCACAGGUCCCGUGUAGCUCAGUUGGUAGAGCAUGGCGCUUGCAACGCCAGGGUUGUGGGUUCGAUUCCCACGGGGGGCCAGUAUGAAAAAUGUAUGCACUCACUAACUGUAAGUCGCUCUGGAUAAGAGCAUUUGCUAAAUGACUAAAAUGUAAAUGUAAUAACCCCUGAUGGGGUGCCAGAUAUUUUAUGUCCUAAAAGGCCCAGGACAGUUUUCUGACUUAAGAUAUGUGGGCUUAACUCAGAUUUUCUCCUAUUGACAUCACUGAAUUAAUUAUGUGAACGUCUGGGUUGAGUGUGCUUAUCUCAACUGUGAAUCCAGCCCCUAGUUAGAGGUUGUCUGGAGUAGGCCCAGUACAGUCUGAAGUUGGGCUUGGACUGAGCCUGAAUACCAACAGCUAGCUGUGUCCAGCGAUGUGUGAGGCCUGUCUCAUAAUUUCAGCCCUAAACCAUCUUCUUGGACCAGGUGAGCGGUCAAAUUAGAGGGUAAGCAUUUAUCGUGAACGCCAUACACUCACUUAGUAUCUUCAGAUUAAGUAUGCAUGAAAAUAUACGGCCCAUGUUUGGUCGUAAUAGCUUUGGCUCUGCCUCCAAGGCCUGUCAACAAGAUUAGCAACUAGAAACCCAUUGCUAAGCAUGUUCACAGGAAUAAAUGGGUCUAUUACUCUCUGUCUGCUUGUGCUGCAUUCCAGUCUGGUUCUCUCACUUUCUUGAAACAUUACUGUGUUUAGUGAUAUUGGAGGGGGUAGGAGUCUCAGGCUGUGUCCUAAAUGUCUAUGAGCUCUGGUCAAAAGUUGUCCACUACUUAGUGAAAAGGGUGCAAUUUGGGAUGUACCCGCCAUCUCAAACCCCUUAGCUCACCUCAUCCACUCCAUCUCUCUUAGUGUAUUAAAUCCAUGGUUGUUGUGAUAGACUGAGGUGAGUAAGUGAAUGCUAAUGCAAUGGGCCAUGUGUCUCUAGCUGAUGUAUAGACUGACGCACCGUAGGCCCCAAACUGUGUACUCUGCAAAAGGAAGGGAUCCGUCGUCCAGCUGACAUAUAUAUGUUAAUCGCCCGGCCCAAUCAGCACUUCCAGGCAGGGCCAAAGUCUCACAAUGCUGUAAUUAGGAAAACUAGUCCAUAACUCUAGCCUUGAUUCAUGGAACUGUUCUGUUCUUGGUAUAUGCUGGAGUGGACUGGAGGCAUCUAGGCUGACAAACAAACUAUUGUGUGUGUUUGUUUGUUAAGUUAAGUAUAGAUCCAGAGUUAAUAUGGGUGGGUAAGGUUUGCUUAUGUUUGUAACCUCAGUAGAUGUUGAUGUCAUGGCAGAGAAACAGAAACUAACUCAUUAAAGAGUGUCAGUCCCCCAGUUGAUUGGCUUCCUUCUCACGUCUGACUUAAUUGGGUGUCUGUUGGCGGUUAGCUUGGGGAGCUGAUCUGAGCAGAGCGGUGCUUCGGGUGGGGUUGCGUUCCGUGUGUGUGUUUGUUUGGGUUUUGCUGUGAUUGGUGAUGUGUGUGUUGUGUUUGGGAAGCGCAGUAGCAGAUGUUUACCUCUCUAUAGUACUGGGUCCUUUGUGGCACCAUUAAUGAUAAUUUGCCUGGCGGUUUAGUGUUGAUGGAGCUGCUGAGUUACAGUACAGAGCGCACACACACACCCUCCCGUGCCUGAACCUGAGUUAUUACACACCCCUGUCUCACCUUACGCCACACAAACAUCAGAGAGCAGCUUGCCAUGGCAGCAGAAAAAUAGCCCCAUUAAAAUGUUUUGCUGCAGGUGUUAUGGUUGCAAAUACUAAGUGGUUUGCUUCCCGGGAAGGCUUUGUGAUAGCCAAACAAACACUCACUCCGCAACACACACAAACAUGCUCCCUAAUAUUUUUUCUCCCCGAGAUGCGCCCACUACUAGAUGGAUGGCAGUAUUUGUCACUGUUGGGGCAUUUGGCGAUGGGUGCUCAGAGGUGUGUGUGUGUGUGUGUGUCAGAGACACGUUUGACAAAUAUUUAUUUGUCGGCCAGCAGCUUGUGGUCAGGGUGAAACUGCUGCUUUAAGACCAGACCUGGAACAGAACAGAGCUGGUGGAAAUUAAUAAUAAUAAUAACCACCUCCCAUUAUCCUUCAUCAACCAUUAUCCCCACCAUUAUAAGCCAAGUCCCAUUAUCAACCUGAGGAGAGGUUGGGGGGAAGGGAAGGACGGAGAGGGAGGGUGAGCGAGGGGGGAGGGAGGGAGAGAGAGAGAGGGGGAGGGAGUUAGAGAGAAAGAUGGAAGAGUUUUUAACCACACUAACUGCCACUAGAGACCUGAGAGAUGAUCAGGUAUUUAUCUUUAGAUAAAUGAGAGAUAAACAAUAAAUUUAAAAUGAGAAAUGGAAAUAACUGAAUUUGUUUUGACAGGGAUGGCCGUUGUUUCUCAGUAAUAUCAUUACAGCCAUCUAUCAGACCGGUUUGUUCAUUCAGUACAUGCCCUUGUCUUGGUACAGAAUGGAGACAAAUAGACCCAGUAGUGAUAAUAUCAAAUGGAAUCAGAAUUGAAUUAAUCCUGCAGUUAGCCAGAGGAGAAUGCGCAAAAUGAAAUCUGAUGCCAGAGAAGAGUUAAGCGUCACUAUCUUCUAGACAAUAAAUCUGACACAACUGUUAUUGAUGUGCUUUUAAUUUAGACAUUACCUCACAACAAGCUAGGCCUACAGUAUGCUCCAGUCUUGUCAGCUGACAUUGUAGGGCAUAAAGGAGUCUUGAAAUAUGCUACUUAGAGGCAUGCUGCAUUUAUUGCAGGUUUCAGUAAACAAAUUAGAUGUGAGAGGGGUGAUAAUAAUUAUGAUACUGGUGGUGGUGGUGGUGUAGGGUAGUCGUUCUCAAACUUCUCCUCGGGGACCCCAGACAUUUCACAAUGUUGUUGUAGCCCUGAACUAACUCACCUGGCUUACCUAUUCAAGGGCUUGAUGAUGGUUGACAAGUUGAAUCAGGUGUGCUAGCUCUGGAAUAGAUCAAAUACAUGGAAUGGCUGCGGGUCCCCGAGGAGAGGUUUCGGAACCACUGGUGUAGGGGACCAUUACCUGUGCUCCUCUAACCAGUGAGACAAGGGUUUGGCUGGGUGGAGGUGGAGUAUAGGAUAUGAUACUGGUGCUGGUUGAGUAGAGGACUUACAGUGGGGGAAAAAAGUAUUUAGUCAGCCACCAAUUGUGCAAGUUCUCCCACUUAAAAAGAUGAGAGAGGCCUGUAAUUUUCAUCAUAGGUACAUGUCAACUAUGACAGACAAAAUGAGAAAAAAAAAUCCAGAAAAUCACAUUGUAGGAUUUUUAAUGAAUUUAUUUGCAAAUUAUGGUGGAAAAUAAGUAUUUGGUAAAUAACAAAAGUUUCUCAAUACUUUGUUAUAUACCCUUUGUUGGCAAUGACACAGGUCAAACGUUUUCUGUAAGUCUUCACAAGGUUUUCACACACUGUUGCUGGUAUUUUGGCCCAUUCUUCCAUGCAGAUCUCCUCUAGAGCAGUGAUGUUUUGGGGCUGUCGCUGGGCAACACGGACUUUCAACUCCCUCCAAAGAUUUUCUAUGGGGUUGAGAUCUGGAGACUGGCUAGGCCACUCCAGGACCUUGAAAUGCUUCUUACGAAGCCACUCCUUCGUUGCCCGGGCGGUGUGUUUGGGAUCAUUGUCAUGCUGAAAGACCCAGCCACGUUUCAUCUUCAAUGCCCUUGCUGAUGGAAGGAGGUUUUCACUCAAAAUCUCACGAUACAUGGCCCCAUUCAUUCUUUCCUUUACACGGAUCAGUCGUCCUGGUCCCUUUGCAGAAAAACAGCCCCAAAGCAUGAUGUUUCCACCCCCAUGCUUCACAGUAGGUAUGGUGUUAUUUGGAUGCAACUCAGCAUUCUUUGUCCUCCAAACACGACGAGUUGAGUUUUUACCAAAAAGUUAUAUUUUGGUUUCAUCUGACCAUAUGACAUUCUCCCAAUCCUCUUCUGGAUCAUCCAAAUGCACUCUAGCAAACUUCAGACGGGCCUGGACAUGUACUGGCUUAAGCAGGGGGACACGUCUGGCACUGCAGGAUUUGAGUCCCUGGCGGCGUAGUGUGUUACUGAUGGUAGGCUUUGUUACUUUGGUCCCAGCUCUCUGCAGGUCAUUCACUAGGUCCCCCCGUGUGGUUCUGGGAUUUUUGCUCACCGUUCUUGUGAUCAUUUUGACCCCACGGGGUGAGAUCUUGCGUGGAGCCCCAGAUCGAGGGAGAUUAUCAGUGGUCUUGUAUGUCUUCCAUUUCCUAAUAAUUGCUCCCACAGUUGAUUUCUUCAAACCAAGCUGCUUACCUAUUGCAGAUUCAGUCUUCCCAGCCUGGUGCAGGUCUACAAUUUUGUUUCUGGUGUCCUUUGACAGCUCUUUGGUCUUGGCCAUAGUGGAGUUUGGCGUGUGACUGUUUGAGGUUGUGGACAGGUGUCUUUUAUACUGAUAACAAGUUCAAACAGGUGCCAUUAAUACAGGUAACGAGUGGAGGACAGAGGAGCCUCUUAAAGAAGAAGUUCCAGGUCUGUGAGAGCCAGAAAUCUUGCUUGUUUGUAGGUGACCAAAUACUUAUUUUCCACCAUAAUUUGCAAAUAAAUUCAUAAAAAAUCCUACAAUGUGAUUUUCUGGAUUUUUUUCUCCUCAAUUUGUCUGUCAUAGUUGACGUGUACCUAUGAUGAAAAUUACAGGCCUCUCUCAUCUUUUUAAGUGGGAGAACUUGCACAAUUGGUGGCUGACUAAAUACUUUUUUCCCCCACUGUAGCUGUGGUCCUCUACCCAGAGAGGAGAGUGGUUGGCUGGGUAGGUGCAGGGCUGUAGUCUCUGGCACAGCCAGAGGAGAGUUGGAGCUGAGGGGAGCUAGUGGCAGAUGGGUAGGAGCAGACGGCUUUGACUGGGGAAAGAGAGAGCAGACUGGGCUGGGAAGUGCUUGCCUGUCCAUGCCAAAGCACCUACUUCCAUGGCCCAGCAGCCCUGUAGUGUAUACUUCCAAAAGGUACAUAAUACUAUGUUAGGCAGACUCUGCUCUGUCCGUUCAUGAAUAGAAAGUCGAUCCUAGAUGUAUUCUUCACUCAGACAGAACACUAUGGGGGUCAUACUAUCAGACAGUCUGAGUGACAUAUGAUUCGUAGCCACACACAGACAGUGCAUCUAUGAAUGUCUAAUCUAAAAUGAACACACUGAAAAUAAAUGGUUUGAAGCUUAAUAGUUUUGUUGGCUGUGAGGCUGUCCAAAACAGAUUUCCCUUAUGUUCCCCUGCUACAGUUUUAUUGAACUCUGAGAGACUGUUUGACAAAUUAAACAUUUUCGGCGGGUGUUUUUUCACAAAUAGUUAUUUGUCGGGUUGAACUAUUUUUCUGAAGCAUCUUGUCUGAGCACAACAAAACAAAGGCAAUUCUUGUCUUUCCACUACGAGCUUCAAUAUGUGUGAUGUCGGACAGUUAGCGUCGCUGUGCUGGCAAAUAUACCCAGAGUCCAGGAGUAAACCUUGUCAGUAGGGUUGGGCGGGGUCCAUAUUUUCAUACCGUCAUACGGUUUCUGUACCAUACCGGGGAAUACAGUAAGAGCAUACAAGGGGCUAACACUAUUUCUAAAACGUAUUGACACUAUAAAAAUAAAAUACAAUAAAAAAAAACUUGGCAACAGGGAUCUUGAUCCAAGAGGGAAUUAAAUGUCUUUGUUGUAACCAAGAAGCUUGAUCUUGACAUCUUGUUCUCCCGAGUGGCGCAGUGGUCUAAGGCACUGCGUUCGAAUCCAGGCUCUGUCGUAGCCGGCCGUGACCGGGAGACCCAUGGGGCGGCGCACAAUUGGCCCAGCGUCGUCCAGGGUAGGGGAGGGAAUGGCCGGCAGGGAUGUAGCUCAGUUGGUAGAGCAUGGUGUUUGCAACGCCAGGGUUGUGGGUUCGAUUCCCACAGGGGGCCAGUAUGAAAAAAAAUAAUAAUAAUAAUGUAUGCACUCACUAACUGUAAGUCGCUCUGGAUAAGAGCGUCUGCUAAAUGACUAAAAUGUAAAUGUAAAUGUAGCCACUUAGCUAGAAAGUUAGCAAAUCAAAUGCAUAGCUGGAGCCCUGAGCUGGAUAUCAUUUAUUUGACACAUCUUAGAUUUCUUAGUUAUACUUAACUUAUAGUUAAGCAGUGACGUAGCACGCACCCCCGCAGCUCUCGCAAAACUAUUUACAAGAACAAAACAUUUUUACGGUAUUGAAAAUCAUACCGUUGGUAUUUUGAAAUACCCCUGUAUAUGGUAUAAACGGUAUAUUGCCCAAACCUACUUGUCAGGAGGGAUAAUUCAACACAUGGUGAGAGAGGAACGCUAAAACAGGCUUUGUCUGGACGCAUAGGGUGCAGCACACAUCAAAUAUCUGCCUGCUUGCUUCACAGUCACUGGUGAUCUAAAUGAUAUCAACUCAUAUCAUGGUGUAUCGCUGUAAGCUGUCACCAGUUGUAACCCAGGGAUGGCUACAUUCUCCUGACACCAUGACUGCUUCCCUGUAAUCGAUGGUGACAUGGAGGCACAUAAGUCACGCUGAGACUUGUUUACACUCUUUGCUGUGGUUUGAAGCAUGCCAUGAUUUGCAUCAUCAUGAUGAUGUGGCGGGUGACACAUUGCUUCUUGAAAGUCCAAAAUCUUGAAAACUUGACUCCUGACAUGCAAAACAUUUUGGGACUGUAUCAACAGUGGACUAAUGGAAGAAAAUACCAAAAUAUAGUUUUUGAGUAGUUUUCCUUUAAGCCAUUUUUGAAGCAUACCAAAUUAGGCUAUGUUGUAAGCAUUUCAGUUGUUGUUUUGUUGUUGUUUCAAUCAAUCCUUUGAUUGUUUCUAUCUGUGUGCUCCAGGUUUACUACCUCCAUCUCUGUCUCUCCCCAGGUUUGCAGACUCUAUCCGGGGCAUGCUGAAGCUCAUCCUGAUCCUGAUGAUGGCUGGGGCUUCCCUGGCCUCCACUUGGUUCACACUCACCUGCCUGACUAGGCUCACACACCUACCCUCCACUGCAGGUAGGCCUAGUAGAGCACAGUUUCCAUGUGGGGAGGUGGGCAUUUACAUGAAUGCAGUGCAACUGGCAUACACCCAGAGCAUCCUAGAGGCCACAAUGGAUACUUCAAUAGCAGACUUGUCCUUUAGAUUGAGGAAGAGACGCAUGGACCAAGUAAAGUAAGUACAUCUCCUGUUUCUGUAGCGUGAGGCAGGUUGAUGUAGAAGUACACCACCUGGACAGGACGCUAGUCUAUCGCAGGGCCAAGCAGAGUAUGACUCGGCCGGGGAUCGAACUCCCAACCAUCCAAUCUCAGGGCGGAUAUGGACUGAGUUGCAGAAGCACAUUAGCAGUUUCCCUUGAAACAAACAAACAUAUUUAACUUCACAUUCACCAGCUCUAGCAUUCUCAUCCAUCAUAAUAUUUGUGCUUGGCAUCAGUAUUUUUUAAAAUCCUUUUGCUUCUGGCUGACAGUGCCAAGCUAACAGACUCCAGGAUUGCCCAUCCACCUGGUGUAGUGUACGUGGGAGGCAUUAGACAUAGCUCUGGUAGCAGCCUCUACCUCUUUGUUAUCCUUUUUUGAAAUCCUCAGCAUGUGCACUUAUUCAAUCAAUAAUAAUCUGUAUUUUUUACACAACUUCUUCACUGGUUUUGUUCUUCAACAACGUCUAUUAUCAUUAAUGUAAAAGUGAUUCGCUGACAGCCUUGGGUCUUCCCUUGGACACAUUCUCCACGGCUCUACUGCCAUACUUCAUCUAAUGAAAAGUCUAAAAUAUUGUGAUGAAGCAGCACCAGCCCCUGGUGAUCAACUAGCUGCAACCUGGGAGAGACUGAGACAUAUGUAGUGGGAGGAACAGAGCAGCCGUGGGACCGUGGGACACUAGAGGUUGUCUGUGUUUGAUACCAGUUUGUCAUUAGAGCAGGAUGGGGGUGGUUGAACAAAGGGAUGAUGGAAGAGAAGAGAGGAAGAGGGGAUAUUCAUUCAGGAUUUGAUGACUGUGUCGUCGGUGCAGUUGCAUCGACUCAGUUCCUCUGUGACAGCGGCAAGCAGGCAGGGUCCUCUGAGGCAGCAGUGUGAUUUAGAGCGGUGCUGGCUAAUGAGGAGUUGAUUUGGCCCAAUCUGCAGUGAUAAAGGAGACGGAGGAGACCGAGCCAUGCUCUGUCCCAAAUGACACCCUAUUCCUUAUAUAGUGCACUACCAUAGGGCUCUGGUCAAAAGUAGUGCCCUAAAUAGGGAAUAGGGUGCCAUUUGGGAUGCUGCAAUGCUCUGCUCCACAGUGAUGGCUUAAUCUCCUCACCCACACCUGGGCUCAGCCUCAGAGCAUCUGAGACCUCGAUCAGUGGUGGCCAAGGCACACACACACACACACAAGCACGGACACACGCACAGACACUGGGCGCACACACAAACACACGCAUGCGUGCAAGCAUAUUGGGGACACAUGCACACACACAGGCACACACGGGAGCCCGCACGCACAUAGAAACACACACACACACUGGGGGAAUCGGCCAGCCGCAUAUGGCACUUACCAACACAAUUUGCCUCUUGCAUUUGAACAGAAACAUCCCUCUGUACCCUGAGAGUAACUAGAUGUAGUCAAUCUCAUGAAAACACUAGCUGCACAGCAGGGGGUAUUGCCUGUGGUUUUUUCCCCAAUCCACCACCCACUGUUAAACCACCAUUGUCUUAGCUGGAAUGACAUUAUGAGUAAGCUUUGAUAUGUAACAAUGAGAACCUGGAGGCCUUCUCAGGGUGACACUGUUCUUAUGGUCACACUAGACUAGUGUCAUUUCACACUAGUUAAAGUGCCAUAUGUAAAAUACUUUGACACCUAUUGUUGUAAAAUGGGCUUUAUAAGUCAAAUGUGAUUGAUUAAGCCCUGACUCCCUGUCCUCUGCUUUUUAAAAUGUGAUGAUUGAUUGAUUGAUUGAUUGAUUACCCCCCCGCCCCUCUCUGUCUUCCCCUCAGCCACCCUGUACACCUCCUGUAUCCUGGUGGGCAUCUUCAUCAACAGUAGUGUGCCCAUCUUCUUUGAGCUCUUCAUCGAGACCGUGUACCCCGUGCCCGAGGGCAUCACCUGUGGCGUGGUCACCUUCCUCGGUAACCUGGUCACCGGCUGCCUCCUCUUCUUCCUCACCUUCUACAGCACAGGUAAGACUGACAGGUAGAGCACAGCUACAACACAAAAUAGAAAGAGAUAGAAGUAGAUAGGAGAGAGCUCUAGAGCCGUGGGUCAGAUUCAAACCCAGUUGAAGAGGUCAGAUGUGCCAUCCAUAUCCACUGAGGAUCAUUUUCAAUCUUAAGAAAUAGAUUCAAGAAUUAGCUUCCCAGACUUAUUAAGAAAAACUGUUUUAUUUCUCACAGCCUGGUAUUCAUUAUCUGGGUCUAGCGGAGGUUCAUAUACAGUGGGGAAAAAAAGUAUUUAGUCAGCCACCAAUUGUGCAAGUUCUCCCACUUUAAAAAGAUGAGAGAGGCCUGUAAUUUUCAUCAUAGGUACACGUCAACUAUGACAGACAAAAUGAGAAAAAAAAAUCCAGAAAAUCACAUUGUAGGAUUUUUAAUGAAUUUAUUUGCAAAUUAUGGUGGAAAAUAAGUAUUUGGUAAAUAACAAAAGUUUCUCAAUGACACAGGUCAAACGUUUUCUGUAAGUCUUCACAAGGUUUUCACACACUGUUGCUGGUAUUUUGGCCCAUUCCUCCAUGCAGAUCUCCUCUAGAGCAGUGAUGUUUUGGGGCUGUCGCUGGGCAACACAGACUUUCAACUCCCUCCAAAGAUUUUCUAUGGGGUUGAGAUCUGGAGACUGGGUAGGCCACUCCAGGACCUUGAAAUGCUUCUUACGAAGCCACUCCUUCGUUGCCCGGGUGGUGUGUAUGGGAUCAUUGUCAUGCUGAAAGACCCAGUCACGUUUCAUCUUCAAUGCCCUUGCUGAUGGAAGGAGGUUUUCACUCAAAAUCUCACGAUACAUGGCCCCAUUCAUUCUUUCCUUUACACGGAUCAGUCGUCCUGGUCCCUUUGCAGAAAAACAGCCCAAAAGCAUGAUGUUUCCACCCCCAUGCUUCACAGUAGGUAUGGUGUUCUUUGGAUGCAACUCAGCAUUCUUUGUCCUCCAAACACGACGAGUUGAGUUUUUACCAAAAAGUUAUAUUUUGGUUUCAUCUGACCAUAUGACAUUCUCCCAAUCCUCUUCUGGAUCAUCCAAAUGCACUCUAGCAAACUUCAGACGGGCCUGGACAUGUACUGGCUUAAGCAGGGGGACACGUCUGGCACUGCAGGAUUUGAGUCCCUGGCGGCGUAGUGUGUUACUGAUGGUAGGCUUUGUUACUUUGGUCCCAGCUCUCUGCAGGUCAUUCACUAGGUCCCCCCGUGUGGUUCUGGGAUUUUUGCUCACCGUUCUUGUGAUCAUUUUGACCCCACGGGGUGAGAUCUUGCGUGGAGCCCCAGAUCGAGGGAGAUUAUCAGUGGUCUUGUAUGUCUUCCAUUUCCUAAUAAUUGCUCCCACAGUUGAUUUCUUCAAACCAAGUUGCUUUCCUAUUGCAGAUUCAGUCUUCCCAGCCUGGUGCAGGUCUACAAUUUUGUUUCUGGUGUCCUUUGACAGCUCUUUGGUCUUGGCCAUAGUGGAGUUUGGAGUGUGACUGUUUGAGGUUGUGGACAGGUGUCUUUUACAACAAGUUCAAACAGGUGCCAUUAAUACAGGUAAUGAGUGGAGGACAGAGGAGCCUCUUAAAGAAGAAGUUACAGGUCUGUGAGAGCCAGAAAUCUUGCUUGUUUGUAGGUGACCAAAUACUUAUUUUCCACCAUAAUUUGCAAAUAAAUUCAUUAAAAAUCCUACAAUGUGAUUUUCUGGAUUUUUUUUCCUCAAUUUGUCUGUCAUAGUUGACGUGUACCUAUGAUGAAAAUUACAGGCCUCUUUCAUCUUUUUAAGUGGGAGAACUUGCACAAUUGGUGGCUGACUAAAUACUUUUUCUCCCCACUGUAUCAUUUGUAAGCACAGCGUAUUAAACAGAGGACAGACUAUCUCUACCUCGCUUUCUCCAUCAUUUUCCUGGUUUGAACAGGAGCAGGUCUGGAGCCUGUAGAAAUUAAAGUCAGUGGACCCAAAGCAUUAGGCCUCCUCUCUGUGUGUGCAUCCCAAAUGGCACCCUAUUUCCUAUAUAGUGCACUACUUUUGACCGGGCCCGGGUCAAAAGUAGUGCGCUAUGAAGGGACUAGGGUGCCAUUUGGGAAGAAACCCCUGUUUCUCUCCUCUGUUUGCUGAGCUCCAUUCUGUUUGCAGAGCUCUUCUUUGUCUGAUUAGCCUUAACUGGAAGGUUAGACAAUCACAAAGUCACUAAGGUGGAAUGAUGAAUAAUGCUUUGAGAACUUGACAGGAUUCCCCCCUCAAACACUUUUGAGUAAAUAGAUAGAAAAUAUUCAUAUUUCUGCGAACUGCAUUACUAUUCAUGAGAUUCACUGGGUCCCCCAGAGUACAGGUGGUGGAUAGUCUGGCUGGUCCCCCAGAGUACAGGUGGUGGAUAGUCUGGCUGGUCCCCCAGAGUACAGGUGGUGGAUAGUCUGGCUGGUCCCCCAGAGUACAGGUGGUGGAUAGUCUGGCUGGUCCCCCAGAGUACAGGAGGUGGAUAAGUCUGGCUGGUCCCCCAGAGUACAGGUGGUGGAUAGUCUGGCUGGUCCCCCAGAGUACAGGUGGUGGAUAGUCUGGCUGGUCCCCCAAAGUAGUGCAAGGUAAUAGGGAAUAGGGUGUUAUUUGGGAGGUAGACACAGUGUCGACUGUCAACAGCCAGGCUGUGUCAGAUGGAGAUGUCUGUACUAUAGGAUCAGCAAACGGACACAGGCCUCAAAGUAUACAUUUUCCUCUUCAAGUCGGUGGUGGUGGUGGAUGACAGCUUGGUGGAUGUGUACAGAGGGGUCUGUCUGUGUGCUGGAGGCUGGAGGCUGGAGGCUGCCCAUAUGAUGGGAACUGUGAAGGGAACAGUGUUGGCAGAUUCCCACACUCUCUCCCUCUGACACCCAGGAAGAUUAAACUGAGAUGAGAGAGCUUUGGCACAGACAGUAGUGUGGUUUCUGUUACCCCUGGGUCUCUCGCUCUCUCUCUUCUGCUCUGAGUGAUACUCCGACUGAGUGAUGACAGAGGCUAUACCCAGCUGAGCCUGGUCUAAGAUCUAUAGUUCGGGCCCAAGGCAUCUUGAGUAUCUGACUCUUGUGGUAUUCCUGUGAGGACUGGACACUCUUGAUGACUGCCAGUAAUUCGGCCUUAUAAAAGUAGAGCAGUUGGUGUUCCUCAGGGAUCAGUGUUAGGAACAAUUAAUAUGAUAUGUACAUGUUCCUAUAGGAAUGCAGAGACCAUUGGUUUACAUGUUGUUGAGACAGCUAAUUAAAAGGCAACAGUAAACAUGUCGUCCCCCCACGAAUGAUGCCAUUUUGUAAAUGGUGGCUCUCUAUGGCAAGACGCGUCAUUCACCCAAGUUUCGUCAAAAUCGGGCCAGUGCUGUCUGAGAUACCGCGUGUGACGAACGUACUAACGGAUGGAGACUAUGACUAAAUCCAGUUCCUGUUGUCUGUGUCCUGUUUAUCAAUCAAUGGGGAUGAACUGAGGAUAACAUUCCACCACCACAAAACAGAGAUUUGUAAGGAAUAUGACAGUAUGAUAGCACAGGAGGUUGGUCGCACCUUAAUUGGGGAGGACGGGCUCAUGGUAAUGGCUGGAGCGGAAUAGGUGGAAUGGUAUCGAAUACAUCAACCACAUGGUUUGAUGCCAUUCCAUUUGCUCCGUUCCAGACAUUAUUAUGAGCCAUCCUCCCCUCAGCAGCCUCCACUUUAUGAUUGGGCUCCAAUAUUUUAUUUUCUACCUCUAAUUCAUCCUUCAUUCAUUUCAGCCUUAUACAGUAAUUGAUGUGGCAUAUGUGGUGGUGUGGAAUUAAAAACGGAAGAAUUCCAUAUAAAUCUUUGCCUUUUCAAAAUCAACCCCACUCCCUCCUAUAUUUUAAAUUGGCAAUCUCAGCCUGAAAGAUGUUCAUUUAUUUUUUGGUUACAGUUGAUUUUAAAUUUCCAUUCGCUGCUCACUGCCAAAAGAACAAAUUCUGAAGUAUCAAUCUUUUUUUUUUUUUGAACUUAUACGUCUAUUUUAAUAUUGAAGGGUUGCAAGGGUCUCUGCUCAGCGGAUCCCAACUUCCUUCUAUUCCAGCAGGGUAUUUAAGGGUGCCUCCCAAAUGGCACCCUUUUCCCUAUAUAGGACUGAGUCUGUCUGAAAACAUGAAUGGAGACGAUUCUGGCUGUAUGAAUACAUGCAGCUGUUGGUACUUUAGAUUUCAUCGUCUCUGUGUGAUUUAGCUAUGGAGUGGUGGGUGGAAUACAAAGUAGGGAGCCGUAUUGUGAAGCGUAGCGUCAAAGAUUCCUCGUCUGUGGAGGAGUUAGGGGUUGUGUGGGAUUGGCGGCAAUAUCGUUGGGUUUGUUGUCAAGACUUCUACAAGGAAACAGAGCUGAAAUAAUUGGCACUUUUCUUUUUUGUCUUAAACUUAGUUUUUGUCAUAAACUUUGCUGUAUUUGUCUGAAAUACAAAACUAUGAGAUUAAUCACAUGUUCUUUGGCAUAUCUGGAAUUUGUAACCUUUUGUGAAUGUUAUGGAGGCAUCGGAGACUGUAGCUCCAUGUUGAUCCAUAACAAGCCUUUUGUUAUGCAGUUGCACUUUUAUUUCUGGGAUGUUUUUGAAUAAUCAUUGUGGGAACAGUUGACACUAUAAUCAAACACGUCCUAUUAGAAAUACACACAGUCAUAUUAAAAUGACGGAACAGUCUUAAUGUCUACCCACCCGGUCUGAAUAUUCUGACAGUAAUAGAAAAUCAUUAUUCAAAUUUUGUUUCAUUGAACAUUUUAUGAUUUCAUGUAAUUUAUUUCUGGCUAAUGUCAGCCAAUCAGCCAGCUCCAUUCCCCUAAAAAACAGCUCUGUAAAGUUAGAAUGAGAAGACAUUUAACCAGCUCUCAAACGCUACGUCCAUUUUAAACGCAGCAUCAUCGGCCACAAUUAGGAAUGAUUGCGGUAUGAUAAGUGGCUUUGGCUCCUGAUCCAGCGUUCAUCCACCAAGCCCCUGUGUGUCUGCGUGUCUGUGUGUGUGUGUGGUGCCCCAGGGUGAUAGCCAGAGGAAGAAGUGAAAACAUAAUUUAAAUUGUCCUUUCUAACUGUCAGUUGGGGAUUAUCACUGAGCUACUGAAGCUAUGAUAGCCUGUGAGGAAUUGCAUCAGCGUAUCUCUCCCCAGAGGCUCUUUCAUUAUUAAUGUACAGAAAGGGAAAGGGAUUUAUGUCCACUCCUAUUCCCCUGUGUAUUGCUGUUCAAGCAACUUUCUACACACUGCAGCCCCGCCACUCCUCACUGAUGAUGUCAGUGGGACCAUGACCGCUCGAGUUGCUUAGCCAAAAUACAUGUUGUUAGGCAUACAUAGACACAUUAGCAUUCAUUCAGACUCCACACCCAUUCACAUAUCUCUCCUCCCUUCUGUUCUCUUAGUCUCCUAUCUAAAUGGGUGAUUCUGGGGCAGGCGGGCUGUGGAGACAGAGCGGUCAGAGAAACACAACUCCAUUAACCUGCUUCCACACCACUGCCACACCACCAGGCAACAGGUUACUGAGCUAACCUGAUUAAUGACGGUGCUACUGCAGGAUGAAACAUCCUUUUCACUUCUUCUUUCAUCUUCCACUGUGCUCUGGACCCACAUAUGUUCUCUCUGUCCACUGUGCUCUGGAUCCACAGAUGUUCUCUCUUUCUGUCCACUGUGCUCUGGACCCACAGAUGUUCUCGCUCUCUGUCCACUGUGCACUGGACCCACAGAUGUUCUCGCUCUCUGUCCACUGUGCACUGGACCCACAGAUGUUCUCGCUCUCUGUCCACUGUGCUCUGGACCCACAUAUGUUCUCGCUCUCUGUCCAUGCUUAUAGAGAAGGACAUUCAACAAGCACAGCACUUACACAAAUGACUGAUGAUUGGCUGAGAGAAAUUGAUAAUAAAAAGAUUGUGGGGCCUGUUUUGUUAGACUUCAGUGCGGCUUUUGACAUUAUCGAUCAUAGUCUGCUGCUGGAAAAACGUAUGUGUUAUGGCUUCACUCCACCUGCUAUAUUGUGGAUACAGAGUUACCUGUCUAACAGAACACAGAGGGUGUUCUUUAAUGGAAGCCUCUCCAACAUAAUCCAGGUAGAAUCAGGAAUUCCCCAGGGCAGCUGUCUAGGCCCAUUACUUAUUUCAAUCUUUACUAAUGACAUGCCACUGGCUUUGAAUAAAGCCAGAAUGUCUAUGUAUGCGGAUGACUCAACACUAUACAUGUCAGCUACUACAGCGACUGAAAUGACUGCAACACUUAACAAAGAGUUGCAGUUAGUUUCAGAGUGGGUGGCAAGGAAUAAGUUAGUCCUAAAUAUUUCUAAAACUAAAAGUAUUGUAUUUGGAACAAAUCAUUCACUAAACUCCAAACCUCGAUUAAAUCUUGUAAUAAAUAAUUUGGAGAUUGAGCAAGUUGAGGUGACUAAACUGCUUGGAGUAACCCUGGAUUGUAAACUGUCAUGGUCAAAACAUAUUGAUACAACAGUAGCUAAGAUGGGGAGAAGUCUGUCCAUAAUAAAGCGCUGCUCUACCUUCUUAACAGCACUAUCAGCAAGGCAGGUCCUACAGGCUCUAGUUUUAUCGCACCUGGACUACUGUUCAGUCGUGUGGUCAGGUGCCACAAAGAGGGACUUAGGAAAAUUGCAAUUUGCUCAACACAGGACAGCACGACUGGCCCUUGGAUGUACACAGAGAGCAAACAUUAAUAAUAUGAAUGUCAAUCUCUCCUGGCUCAAAGUGGAGGAGAGAUUGACUUCAUCACUGCUUGUGUUUGUGAGAGGUGUUGACAUGUUGAAAGCACAUGUCUGUUUGAACGACUGGCACACAGCUCAGACACCCAUGCAUACCCCACAAGACAUGCCACCAGAGGUCUCUUCAACAGUCCCCAAGUCCAGAACAGACUAUGGGAGGCGCACAGUACUACAUAGAGUCAUGACUACAUGGAACUCUAUUCCACAUCAGGUAACUGAUGUAAGCAGUAGAAUCAGAUUUAAAAAAACAGAUAAAAAUACACUUUAUGGAACAGCAGGGACUGUGAAGCAACACAAACAUAGGCACAGACACAUGCAUACACACACAUGAUAACAUACGCUCUAUACACACACGUGCACAUGGAUUUUGUGUUGUAGAUAUGUGGUAGUGGAGUAGGGGCCUGAGGGCACACACUUUAAUGUGUUGUGCAAUCUGUUACGGAUGUAUUGUAAUGUUUUUUUAAAUGUAUAACUGCCUUAAUUUUGCUGGACCCCAGGAAGAGUAGCUGCUGCCUUGGCAAAUAAAAAUACCCACAGAUGUUCUCACUCUCUGUGCUCUGGACCAAUAGAUGUUCUCUCUCUCUGGCUUCAGGAAUAGGUUCUGAUGUUCUUUAGUACGCUAGUGGAGACACCAAUGAAAGGAUAAGCAAGAAAAAGUCUACUCUCUAUCUCACCCUUAUGUCCCCUUCCCCUCUGGAUACUAUGAAUGUUCUCUGUGUACCCCGUUGUAGGUAUAGGCAGCAACAAUAAGUGAAAGAAUAAGCCAAAAAGGCAAUGCACCCUUGUCUGCUUCACCUUACCCUGGUGGAGAGGUGGAUCUAUCCUGGCUGACUCACUCUGAGAUGUGCCAGAGGGCCAAAUCAUAUAAUUUACCCAAACAGGCCAAAUGGCUGACCUAGCCGGAGUCUCACUUCUCACCCAUCGAUUGAGCCGCUCACUUCAGGGGCAAUUGAUCAACUGCAUUAUAGGACCGGGCAACUGAAAUUGAAAUGCUCUGCAGGGGGAAUUAAGAUGCAUGCUCCACUCAGUUCGGUGUGUUUUGACCUCAUUUCUCUAUAUUUAGUCCUGCUGGUUCCUGCUGGUUCUUUAUCAGGGCCCUGCCAGCUGCUAAAGGGCUGUCAUCUUCUACCUUAUCAGGCCGUAUGGUUCCUGUUUUAGUGGUAGGGGUGCUGGGCACCCCGCUCAGUUUCUCUCUCUCUUUUAGUCUCUCUCUCUCUCUCUCUCUCUCUUUCUGUCUCUCUGUUUCUCUCUCACACUCUCUCUCUAGUGACUGUCUUUCUCUUUCUCUGUAUUCUGUCUCUUUCUCUCUCGUUCUCUCUCUCCCCCCACGCACACCUCUGCAUCAUGUUGAGAGGGCAUGCCUAGUGAUGUGCAGCUGAAAGGAGACCUAUCGAUUUCUUCCUGGGGCAGUAACAGGAAGUAAUGUGUGCGUCAAGGUGUAUGUUGCUCUACGUGUGCGUGUUUGUGUGUGUGGGAGUUGAUGUGUAUAGGUGGAAAUAGAACCAUGGCUCACACCAAUUAGUCCCACUCUCCACAUGGCCUUCCAUUACCUCUUCAUUACAUGACUGCUGAGCUUUUUAGCUAGGGCCACUGGAGCUUGAACAGCAAAACAGGAGGGAAAAUAAAAACGUAGAGGUUCAAGUUUAGUUCAACGCUGAAGGGGAAAACAGGCCAUUACUUACAUUAUUUAGAUGCAUGACACCAAGUUCAGCCAAUUUCUGAACGAUUUCACCCUCUAGGCUAUACAUUGCGUGAUUAGGGCUUGUUUUGAGUUAACGGACAUGAAUAACUUCCACACAUUAUACUAUUAGAACACAUUAUACUACUACUACUGCAUGUUAUCAGUUCGGUUUAUACACAGUCAUGAAGUCAAUACUUUAUCUAUGUGAUUGGUUAUUCUUGACAUCAGUUAUAAAGGUCAUUGUGAUGUUGAUGUACAGUAGUGUACCGAUGAUGACUUGCCUGCAGUGAGCAUAGAGGUACAGAUGUAAUGAGUAACCUUCAAUGAUGAGUUACCUACAUCUAAUGAGCCUUUUCCAUCUCUCCUCAGAGUUGUCGUGGCUGAACUGGUGUCUGACGGGCUCCUGUGCCUUCAGCCUUGUGCUCAUCCUCUUCUUCAGGGAAUCCUACGACCGCCUCUACCUAGACGUCUUUGUCUCAGUCUGA